GAGACGACAGCUCAAAACGUGGUACAGUUGGCGUUGCAGGAAUUUGGCAUGACCGACGCGCAUUCUUCCAGCCUUGAGUGGUGUCUCUGUGAGGUGUCGGUCACUCCAGAUUUUUUGAUCAAGCAAAAGAGGCUGCCAGAUCAGAUGCCAAACCUGGCCGAGCGCAUUAACCUUAACAGCAGGUAUUAUCUCAAAAACAAUAACUCUACCAUGCCACUGGUCCCUGACGAUCAGGCGGUUGAAAUCCUGAAGGAUUCGCAUGUUCAGUUUCUUGACCUGCGCUCGGUGAUCCUGGCGGCACAGCUGACGUUACAGGACUACGCGGUAUUCGCUGCCGUAGAGCCGACUGAAUACGUCGAUAACUUGUUCCGUCUGCGGUCGAAGUACGGCUACCCGAAGCUGACGCAGUUCGAGGAGCUGGUCAAUCGCGAGAUGUGGUGGGUGUCCACGGAAAUCUUGAUGGAAAAGAAUCUGAUACGUCGCGCGAAGAUAAUCAAGAAGUUCAUCAAGAUCGCAAAACAUUGUCGGGAUUUCAAGAACUUUAACAGCAUGUUCGCCAUCAUCUCCGGUUUGGACAAACCUUCUGUACGAAGGCUGCACAACACGUGGGAGAAGGUGUCGUCGAAGUCGGUGAAGGCGUUGGAAGACAUGCAGGUGCUGCUCGACCCAUCGCGGAACAUGUCCAAGUACCGGCAGCACUUGGCCGAGGCGGCGCUUGACCCUCCGGUCAUUCCGCUGUUUCCGGUGCUAAAGAAAGAUCUCACAUUCAUCCACGAGUGCAACCCGACCUGGGUAGAGGGUCUGGUGAACUUCGAGAAGCUGCGCAUGAUCGCCAAAGAGAUUCGUACCACCAACAAGUUUAGUUCGGCGCCUUAUGCGCUGAUGGUCAGGCAUGUUAAGGCAUAUUUGAACAACUUUUCGGUGGUGAGCAACGAGGCUCAGUUGGACCAAAUGUCUGCGGAGCUGGAGCCACAAAGUACCUCAAGUACGUUCGAUAUUGGCCGUGCUUUCAAUAUUGUUUAA